AUGGACGAAUACCACUUUCCUGAUGCCCGCCUCAAGAAGAAGAUGGACGACCCGUCCAAAACCCCUCUCUUACUUGUUGCCUGCGGCUCUUUCUCUCCAAUCACCUUCCUGCAUCUGCGCAUGUUUGUCAUGGCUGCCGACUAUGUGAAGCACAACACAGAAUUCGAGAUGGUGGGUGGCUAUCUGUCGCCGGUCUCGGACGCCUACAAGAAGCAAGGAUUGGCUCUUGCAGAGCAUCGGGUGGCCAUGUGCCAAUUGGCUAUCGACAAAGCCUCCAAUUGGUUGAUGGUUGAUACUUGGGAGGCUGAGAAAAAGGAGUACCAACCAACUGCAAAAGUCCUGGACCACUUCGAUCAUGAGAUAAACGUUGCUAGGAAGGGUAUCGAUACUGGUGAUGGAAAACGAAAACCAGUAACAAUCGCCCUCCUCGCAGGCGCCGAUCUAAUUCAAACCAUGUCCACCCCUGGGGUGUGGAGUGAGAAGGAUCUUGAUCAUAUCCUAGGUCGUUACGGUACUUUUAUCAUCGAAAGAUCCGGGACCGACAUCGAUGAGGCUCUUGCGAGUCUUCAAACAUAUCGUGACAACAUCCACGUCAUCCAGCAAUUAAUUCAAAAUGACGUCAGCAGUACAAAGAUAAGGCUGUUCCUUCGCAGAGGAAUGAGCGUGCAAUACCUCAUACCUGCACCUGUUGUUGAAUAUAUCGAACAGAAUCAUCUAUAUGGCGACGACGGUCGUGCAUCCAGUACGACCUCGAUUGCUCUGGAUAACGACAAAGGAAAGGCCAAGGAAGACCCAUCGACCAGCUGA